AUGCUCCAGGUUCGAACGGGAUUGGCCCCAAAACUGAACACAUCAGAAAAACUCAACAAGUUCUACGGAGAUCUUCCCGACUUAAAUGGCCCCUACCUCCGCGACGUCCUAAACGUUAGCGUAUUUAAGACUCAAAAGCUCUGGAAGCAUGUAUUGAAUGGUUUCGAAGAGUUCUACGAAGGAACGCACCUCAUUUCAGAUCCAUACGUCAACAAUGCGUUCAAUACACCUGGUAGGAACCUUGUUACAUUCCUCGUUCCCAUGAUGCUGAAGCCCAACUUCAACUUGGGAGCCCCGCCUGAAAUAAACUAUGGCACACUGGGAUCUACAGUGACGCAUGAGAUAAUGCACGACUUCGACACAUACGGCCGUCAGUUCGAUCUCAACGGGACAAAAACGCCGUGGUUUACCAAAAAGAGCAAUAAGACGUUCCAAAAGUGGGAGCGUUGUUACGUGAAACACAUCAAGAACGCUCCGAAAGCAAGAGAUUAUUCUAGGACUCCAUUGGAAUAUCAAGCAGAUGCCCUCGGCAUGAACAGUCUUCUAAAGGCCUACCAGAAGGCUGCAAAAAGGUCUAAUGUUUACCUGGGCAACGUGAAAGGUUUCACGAGGGAUCAGCUCUUCUAUAUUGCCAAGUGUCUGGUUUGGUGCGAGUAUGACUACACAGUUAUACCCCCGCGGCAUCCUCCUUGGGAUGAAAGAUGCAACGUGCCCCUUAUGAACUCUGAGCACUUCAGCAAAACAUUCGCUUGCCGGGAGGACUCGCCCAUGAAUCCACCCAAAAAGUGUCCCUUCUGGUAG